CUGGGGGUUUGUGGUUCCGGCGGGAGGGUCCUUGCCCAGCACUGACGUUUUGCCCUUCUUUUCUCUGCUGCCUCAGCGUCCCGGGCUCCUGUGUGUCUCCCAUGGCGGAUACGACCCCGAACGGCCCCCAAGGGGCGGGCGCUGUGCAAUUCAUGAUGACCAAUAAACUGGACACAGCAAUGUGGCUUUCUCGAUUGUUCACAGUUUAUUGCUCCGCUUUGUUUGUUCUGCCUCUUCUUGGGUUGCAUGAAGCAGCAAGCUUUUACCAGCGUGCUUUGCUGGCAAAUGCUCUCACCAGCGCUCUGAGGCUACAUCAGAGAUUACCACACUUCCAGUUAAGCAGAGCGUUCCUGGCUCAGGCCUUGUUAGAGGACAGCUGUCACUACCUGCUGUAUUCACUCAUUUUCGUCAAUUCCUAUCCUGUUACAAUGAGUAUUUUCCCAGUCUUGUUAUUUUCUUUGCUUCAUGCUGCUACUUACACUAAGAAAGUCCUUGAUGCAAAGGGCUCAAAUAGUUUACCUCUGCUGAGAUCUGUCUUGGAUAAAUUAAGCGCUAACCAACAAAAUAUUCUGAAAUUCAUUGCUUGCAAUGAGAUAUUCUUGAUGCCUGCUACAGUUUUUAUGCUCUUUAGCGGCCAAGGAAGUUUGCUCCAGCCUUUCAUAUACUAUCGGUUUCUUACUCUUCGCUAUUCCUCUAGAAGAAAUCCAUAUUGUCGGAACUUGUUUAAUGAACUGAGGAUUGUUGUCGAGCACAUUAUAAUGAAGCCCUCCUGCCCACUGUUUGUGAGAAGACUUUGUCUCCAGAGCAUUGCCUUCAUUAGCAGACUGGCACCAACAGUUGCGUAGUUUAACAUCUAGUUAGGCUGUGGGUAGAAGAUAAGCAGUAGUAGCUGGUAAUUCAGAUAGGGGUCUCAAAUGACAGGUCUAACACCGACCUCACUUCAACUUAUAUGAUUUACAUAAAUGCAUCUCAGUGCAAAAAUAAUCAUUUUCCUGGCAUGUUAGUCAAACCCUUAACAGUUUCUGAGAAAAUUUUACCGUACAUUAUUGUUUGUGGUUAUGUAUGUUUGCAUUUAGUGAUAAUUGUUACUAAAUUGUUUUAGAUGCUUCUGUGCCUACAUCAUGAAAUACACUUAUUUCUUUUAAAAAGAAUUCUGAAAUUUGUUUCACCCUAACCAUUAACCCAAGUUAUGUCUGGAAUGAGUUCAUUAUGGUAAUAGAUGAAUUCAGUAUAUUUUGAGACAGUAUUUUUCCAUUCAGUAAUUUUGGUUGAGAUUUUAACACAAGCCCAUUUCCCUGCAGUUUCCUUUCAUACUGAUCUUGUGCUGCUCUGCUAGGAUACAUGUGUUUAGCCUGUACCAUUACAAGGGGAGUUCUGUAUCUAUUUUAUGACCUACUAAGCUUUCAUUUCCAUUGGUACAUCUGUGGCCUUGAUAGUGUUGAAAAACAACUUGACUAUAAACAUGUUUUGGAUUAGCUAUUUGGGAGCAUAUAACCAUUUAGUCUAGAAGGUAGUAGUGAAACAGAGUUCCUUUUAAUGACCUACAUUUUCCAAAUGUCCACAGAUAGAUUAUCAGUGUUGCUUAGUUUGUAGAAAUACCUAGUUCAGCUUCUUAACUCCAAUUUUCUUGGUUUCUUAGGCUUGAAAUGUCCUAGAGAUUUGCAGCAGCAGUUCUGAUGCCUUUGAAAGGAUGUGAUUGAAGAUUGAGCAUGUGAUUGCACUUGUAUGUUCUGAAAUAAUGAAGAAUGUUCUCUAGAUUGCAUUCUUAUCCAGCAAAUAUGAUUCAAAAGGUUAAAUGGAAAGGUUUAUAGGUAAGGUAAUUAAAUAGGCCUGGGUAAUAGUUGAGGGGGAUAAUGGGUGUUCCAGCUUGGUAGUGCAUACAUGAAUUUGGAGGGAUUGGAUGUAUAAUGCAUCUGCAUCUGUGAUUGGGGCUGGAUAAAUAUGUCCAAGUCUUCAAUUGAGUUCCCAUCAUUCCUUUAUAAAAGUCAUUUUGAUCCUUAUUACUGUUGCAUGAUUGGAAAUGCUUAAAACGCUGUACAAUUUUAGUAUAGAGUAAUGUAAUAUGGUCUUUUUUUGUACCCAGUUCUCUUCUAUCUGCAUGUAAUUUGGAUUUCUCAACUACAUUCAUUAGUGACUUGUAACAUCAGUUUUCUUUUUGUUUAAGCUCCUAAUCUAUAGGAAGGUGAUAGUCUUGGGAUAAAAUUCCAGAAAAAACUACUUGACAGCUUAGCUUUAACCAACUACUUUUACAUUUUUAUGAUAUUUAUCCACUGAGUUGGAGAAGCAACCUCAUAAUAUCCAUUUGAUUUUUUUAUGUAUGUGUCUAGCCUCCUUAUCACUAUAUGUGUAAUCUGAUGGUUUUAAAAAUACAACUUUGUAGAGCAAUAAAGUGACUAUAAUGUUAUAUAAACAUACUGAUUUCUGAUGAUGUUUUAAAACAUUGUCUUGAAUGACAUCAAGUUCUGGCAGCUAAAGACAUAUUUAUUCUGAAAUGUUUUCUUUUUCCCUGCUUUUGUUUUUUUUUUUCAAUCAUGGACCAUUUUAGAUUCAUAAGAGGUUCAAAAUAGUGCUGGAAGUUUCUGUGUACCUCUUCGUUAACUAUUUUUAUAUUAGCGUCUUCUAAUUGGUAGGACAUUUAUGCAAAGUAAGAUAAUAACCUUGGAUUAACUAAAAUACUAAAUUUAUUUGGAUUUUA